ACCGGUGUUGUGGCUGUGGUGCCCAACACCAAAUCAUUUCCCCAAUCCUUGUAACCCUAACUAUUUCUAUUGGCCCAAAAACCAGAAACUCGAAAAAAAAAAAAAAAAAAAAAAAAAAAUCCGAACCCUAAGCCCCUAACUCAUCGCCCAAACUGCUGCGUCUCUCCCCCGCUGGGCCUCUGAUUCGCCUUAAUCAUUGAACACAAUUGCGUCAGAUUGUUGCAUUCCAACCCAGAAACCCAAAUUCCACCGCCUUUUGAGAUCGAGGACGAUCACCCAACACACAGAGGAAUUGUUGUGUUUGCUUGCUUUCCAGUUUCAAGGAGAUGUCUCCAGCAUCGUCCAGAUCUAAGUCUAAGGACAAGAAGGCUAUCAAAGAAACGCAGACACCUUUAAAGCCUUCAACGGGCCCUGCUAAUGCAAGUAGUGGGGUCCCAGCUAGUGCAUACAAUCCACUUUUAGGAACCUUCCAUACCCUUGAAUUAUCACCAACACCUUCUGUGUCGCCUCUUCACAGUAAUAGUCGUUUCCGCAACAUAGAUGAAACAGAUGACCAUUCUGGGGGCUCUGUUGCUACAGGAGUGGAGUAUGAUUCUGUUUCCAAUAAUGGUAGCUGGUCAGGUGAGUCGGAAGACCAUAAAGACAAGACAUCUAAUCCUCCUGCCAAGCAGGAAGCAGUCCCAGGAGCUGACAAUGACAAGCGAGAGAAAAUCCGUCAGAAGAAUGAGAGGAAGCAUCAGCGACAGAAAGAGCGGCGAGCUCAGGAGUUGCAUGAACGAUGCAGUGGUUAUAUCAUGUCAAGAAAGCUUGAGGCACUUGCUCAACAGCUUGUGGCAAUGGGAUUUUCACAAGAACGGGCAACCAUGGCUCUCAUACUGAAUGAAGGCAGAGUAGAGGAAUCAGUAGCUUGGCUUUUUGAAGGUGGUGAAGAUACAGAUAAGCCAAGGGAUCAAAACUUUGGUGGGGGUAAUUUGAAAAUUGACAUAUCAGAAGAACUUUCCCGGAUUGCUGAUUUGGAAACACGGUUCAAGUGCUCAAAGCAAGAGGUUGAAAGAGCUAUUGUAUCCUGUGAGGGUGACCUUCAGAAGGCUGCUGAAAGCUUAAGAGCGUCAAAGCAAGACCCACCCUCUGUAUCACCUAAGCCUGAAGAAAUUGGUGAUCCUCCAACAGUUACUAAUGGCAAGCUUCCCAUUGCUGUUAGCCAGAACUUGAGGCCACAAACAAAACCUAGUCCUCCUCCAACUAUCCAACAAAGAAGAGACGACAAAGACUUUAAUUACACAAAACAAGCAGCUGCAGUUGGAGGGUCUUUAGAAUCUGCAAGUAAAACUAUGCAGCCUCUGAAGAGAGGACAGCCAAAGUUGGAGUGGAUGAAACCCCAACCGACACCAGUUCCGGCUGAGAGAAGGUGGACAAAUUCAGGAUCAAAUCCUUCAGUUUCCUAUUCUUUGGCAUCACCUUUGCAGGUAUCAACUCCACCAGCUAAGAUGGAAACUCGUUAUGUAGCUUUAGGGGGUGAGAUGAAGAACCUUCCGCCUUUAACAGUAAGGGAACCGGUUAUUAUGAUGCAGCGCCCUCAAUCUGUCAAUAUAAAGCAGGUCCCUGCCACUAGUAUGAGCUCAUCGCCUCCUGGAUCUGCUGCCAGUUGGUAUCCUUCUACUAGUGUCGAAAUGAUGAGGUCCAAUGGUUUUAUUCCCCACAUGCCUAGCAAUAGAAGCCUCAGCCCUAGUAAUUUGAGUUCAAAUCAGAUGUAUCACCAGUUUCAGUAUCAACAACAACAGCAGCUGCAGCAGUUUGUUCCUGGAAGCAGCACAGCUGAAUCCCGUGGAGCAAGCCGAGGUAAUAAUCUAUGGAGUAGGGCAGGUGCAUCUCCAACACUUGGUGCUGCUUCCUCCCUCGGACUUUUCUCAGGGUUAGGUUCAGUUGGUUCAUCAGGGGCAGCUUCUCCGGCAGACUGGAACGCUGGUGGAGGCUCAUCUGGACAAAUAGAUUACACCAACAUUGACUGGAGUUUGGAUAGAGGUCUGUCUGCACCAAGGCCCAACGGGUUGUGGACAGGACUGCCUACUACCAUGAAGAGCAAUCCCAACUUUUAUGAUUCAAAGCCUACUGGUUUGGGUGCUCAGCCUGGAAUGAGAGUGGCUUCCUCUAACAUGAAUGGCAUUUCUUUUGUGGGACUGCAGGAUGGAGCUGCUAAUGUUGAAACAUCAGCCGCGGUCUCCCGAGAGUGGACUUCGCCAUUUGAAGGAGAGGAUCUUUUUAGUUUACCCAGACAGUUUGUUUCUUCUUCUCUGUAGGCGAGAGGAAAGUAUUUCAAUGAAUAAAAUUCAAAAAAAAAAAAAAAAAAAAGCAAAAAAUUUGUGCGUGA